AUGAAGAGAGCCGCUUUGACUGCCCACAAGGGUUCCCGGCCGCACGGCUCAAUCUGUCAAUUAUGUCAAUUCUCGACUUCGGCGUCCAAGCGCAGCCUACCUAUCGUACGCCUACCAAUCGUCCGGGAGAGUCGCGCUCCAGCCUCCAACUUCCAAGUGCAAACGUCCAAACGAAUCAAUAAAUUGCCAUUGCACUCCGCUGUCCCUAUUGCGCGCCGAUAUGCCUCCGCUUCGACCAAAAACACAAAUCCCGAUCUGGCUGUCAAAGAAAUCGCACGAGAUGCAUCUGCCUUACACGAAUCCAACACCGUAGCCUCCAAUGAAGUCGUGGUCCAACUGCUACAAAGAUGUCAACGGGUCGCUGAAUACUUGGUCUCCCAAGAACGGGAUCAGAGCGAGGGGUCCUCAGGCGAUGAAGGCAACGCGAUCUCUUCUUUGCUGGGCCUUGAGGAGAAGCAAACCGCGGCGAAGAGCAAAGCCCAAGCGCAGUCUUCCUAUCCAGACCCACGAUUGGCAGAUUCGGUCUCUCAAAUCGCCAUUGACAUUGUGAAGGAUGAGAAGGUCUUCAUUUCGCCUGAAGCUCUAUCCUCCUGUACCCAGACCCUGACCCUUCUGCGCCGGGCCGAGCACUUCCCCGAGAUCUUCAAUCUCUAUGCCAACAAGCCCGUCCCAGAGGAGAACAGCUCUCCAGUGAAGCUACUCAAGCCUAAUCCCAAGAGUGUCAACAGUGCUGUUCCAGCCGAGCUGGCUAACAUGGCGCUCGGGGUUGCCAUUGAGCAGAAAAAUCUCCCGCUUGUCCUGGCCAUUAUUGACAACACAUUCUGCGCUCCCGCCUUCCACCGCGCAAAGAUCUUCAAGAAGGCCGGUGUUCCGCUCGCUGGCCUUGCAGCUGCGCCGGCUGCUUGCUAUGCUAUUGCAUCAUGGGCUGCCACAUUCCAAAAUACGAUGGAUCCAAAUGUAGCGACUGGAAUCGCGUUCGCUGCGACCCUAGCUUAUGUCGGCGGCACAUCAUCCAUGGGUAUAUUGGCCAUCACAACAGCUAAUGAUCAGAUGGAGCGUGUGGUAUGGAUUCCAGGUAUCCCGCUGCGGCAACGAUGGUUACGCGAGGAAGAGCGCGCUGCCAUGGAUAGAGUUGCUGUUGCUUGGGGCUUCAAGGAUCCAUAUAUGAGAGGUGAAGAAGUCGGCGAGGAGUGGGCGAGUCUUCGGGAGUUCAUUGGCAUGCGAGGCAUGAUCUUGGACAAAACAGAGCUGAUGGAAGGCAUGGAGUAA